ACCAGUUCUGCACACCAGAAUCCGGAAACCGAGAGAAACUGCCAGAUAAACCGUACUGCGUUUCUUGAUUUUAUAUAACACGGCACUCCGGAUCGACUUGAAAACGGUUUAAGCAGAGAAGAAGACAAGAAGUAAUAAUGGAAGAGGGAAAGAGCGGCGAGGGGAAGAAGGUGAUGGUGGCGAUAGACGAGAGCGAGUGCAGUCACUACGCUCUGCAAUGGGCGCUUGACUUUCUGGGAGAUACAAUCGCCACUUCUAAACUUAUUCUACUCACUGUGCAGCCCCUUGUUGAGUUCGGCUACGUUUAUGCUUCCACUUAUGGUGCCGCUCCUGUGGAUCUGAUUGCGUCUGUGCAAGAAAAUCAAAAGAAGGUGGCACUGGCUUUGCUAGAGAAAGCUAAGGAAAUCUGUGCCAAUCGUGGGGUUGUUGCGGAGACGAUCACAGAAUCUGGAAAUCCUAAAGAUGCCAUAUGCGAAGCUGUGGAGAAGCUUGAUAUCCAACUGCUUAUAAUAGGCAGCCAUGGUAAAGGAGCUGUACAAAGGGUUUUUCUAGGAAGUGUCAGCAAUUACUGUGUUCACCAUGCCAAGUGCCCCGUCCUGGUGGUGAGAAAGACUGCUUGAAUGAAUAAAGCUACUUCCAAAUAAAAGCAAUUGGCCUAAUUAUUUUCAAUCCGCCUCGUUAGGUCAAGCGAUUAACAGAACAUGUUAUGUAUUGUAAUACUGUAUGUUAUGUUAUGUAUGUAUAUAUAUAUAUAUAUGUAAUUAGUGCUUGCUGCAGAGAUAGCUCUUGCAUCUUUUGUCAAAGCAUUUGACCUUACUUAAUCUUUGGAAUAGACCAAUAAACAUAUGAUUUUUAAUUA